GUUAGUUAUACAGAAUAGAGCCUGCUUUAGGUCGUUAUCUCGCAUCCACAAGAUUGACCUGGGGAGCACCUUCGGGUAGUAAUGAGUCGACGACUGGCAAUGAUUGGAUCGAGGCAACUGCUGUCACAAGCAUGCCGACGUCAACUGUCAAGCCUCGUCGUGGCCGAACACGACAACUCGCAUCUGCUCCCUGGCACUCUCAGUGCGGUGACUGCAGCGGCGCAGCUAAAUGGAGACAUCACAAUGCUUGUCCUGGGCCAUGAAUCCGAGGGCGUGGCGAAGCAGGCAGCGCACGUUGCUGGUGUUUCUAAGGUUCUGCAUGCUGACGAUCCAGCAUAUGGAACAUGGGUCGCGGAAAACGUGUCCAGGGCUGUGGCGACGGUGCAGGCAAAUGGGGCUUUUUCUCACAUCCUGGCUGUUUCCAGCAUGGCCGGAAAAAACUUCGUGGGUCGGUUAGGAGCCGAGCUUGACUGUGCCCCCGUGACGGAUAUCCUUAAAGUAGUCGAUGAGGAGACGUUUGUGCGACCGAUGUACGCCGGGAAUGCUGUUGCGACAGUACGUGCAGCGGGUGCUUUGAAAAUUCUGACUGUCCGACCUACCUCGUUCGAGAAAGCGGAGGCCACUGGAGGCACCGCAUCAGUAGAGUCAACAGCGCCCCCUGAGAGUGGCGCCGACGCUGGUCUAGCGUCGUUCGUGUCUGAAUCCAAAAGCGGAGGGGACCGACCGGACCUUACAACGGCGAGGGUGGUUGUGGCUGGCGGCCGUGGAUUGAAGGACGGCGAGAACUUCAAAAUCCUUGAGAAGUUAGCAGACAAACUUGGAGGAGCAGUAGGAGCCUCGAGAGCGGCUGUUGAUGCUGGCUUUGUGGCAAACGAACUGCAGGCAAGAGAUUUUGUAGGGUAUGCAUGAACCCUGGCGAAAAUCGACGUGUGUGUACGGAAUAAUCGUAGAAGUCUAGAGUACUCUUAUGUGCGCGCUUAGCAUGGUUGUUUUAAAACAUCGUCGUUUCUGGGAAUGCUCCAGAAACUUCACACAUGUGUUCGUCGAGUGCUGAUGCGUUUGUGUGCUGAUGAUCUUAUUAGCGCGAGCCGUUCUACACGAAGGAGGGGCUCAAUCUUGCUUUACCGAAGCCGGAUGCAGAUACUUCUGUGAGCAUACUCUGAACUACUGCCUCCGAGUUGUGCGUAACAUCUGGCGUUUCACACAGGUCGACCUUGCAGUGCUUUGAUCCGGAGUACUCAUUCGCCAAUAAUGCACUCCAGAAGCUAUGUUUUAUAUUGGAGGCGCUUGUGUCAACCUGCCGAUCAUGGUUGCUCGAACAACUGUUGAUGUACACAGUUGGUUUUUAGACUGCACAAGAGGUAGGGUAGGCUUUGACUGCGACAUUCUUCGCUUGCUCGAUAAAAUUUUAACAGGUGGGCCAAACAGGCAAGGUGGUGGCACCCGAACUGUACAUUGGGGUUGGUAUUUCUGGGGCAAUCCAGCACUUGUCGGGCAUGAAAGACAGCAAAUGCAUCGUGGCCAUCAACAAGGACAAGGAGGCCCCCAUAUUCCAGGCGGCUGACUACGGCUUGGUCGCUGAUCUUUUCGACGCCGUGCCCGAGCUAGAAUCGAAAGUAUAACAUCGAACGAAGAGAGUGGGAAAGUGCGUGGUUCCGGCGAUGUAAAGGUGGUUUCCACCUUGUGCCCGUUGGGAGCCUUGUGAUCAUUUUAUCUUAGCCAUUCAGAACUUGUGUCCUUCUCGCGAACUUUCCAGUGAACUUUGAGGACGGUAAGCAGUGUAAAUAGGGAGGUGUGUGGAUCGCGUGUUCACGGGGUCGUAAUUGUCGAGGAGGGGUGCUAUCAGGCAUUGUUGGCCAAGGUCUGUUCAACAGCACUCGAGAGUAAAAGAGGUUGAGAAUUGGCAGACGGCAUGUUUUCGGCGUUGUAGAGGUUCCGAGUGGAUUCCCCGAGACUCUCCAUCAUAGGACUAGGUUCAAACAAGCUCUCUUGGUGCACCUGGACCCCCAUAUGUAUAUGCCAGUGCUGGAGUUAAACAGUU